AUGCAAGGCCCUCGUGCCUCCGUUAAUCUGACCGCAACCAAAGCUUCGCCGGUUCUCAGCAAGCACGCCGCCCACGGUCAGUCUUACACCGGAAGCUGCUACACGACGACCUGGCCCGCGUAUGCCGCCUUCGGCCACCUCUUCCUGGAGCUCUGCUCGCACAAAUGUGCAUUCUCCCGUGCUGGCCACACGCACCGUCAUCGGCGCAGACUUUCACGACGGAAUCCGGAGCAUCUCUCUGCAUGCCGCCGGGCCAGCGAUGCCGAGGAACGUCGUGCUGUCCUGACGCAGCGUGCCAUCACAUCCCCUUGGCAGGAGCACCUCCUUGCCUCGCCUUCGCUAGCCUCUUGUACGAAACCGUCGUCGCCCCCUACACCAACACGACCCACGGCGCAUCCGUCUCUGGCCCCGCGGGCCGCCAUCCCCGGCCUCCCCAACGCGUUGGGCUUCGGGGUGCUGUAUUUGCCCGAGGUCGAAGCUCACCGGCUACGUUCAUGGCCUCUCCCUCAAGCGAGAGAUGUCGCCGCCCAAAGAGACCGAGUGGGCGGGCUUCAUUAUUUGGUUUCCCACGGCUACGAGUGGCAGCCGGGACGCUCGGUUCCUUUCGGUUGGAUUGGCCAUACUGCUAAUCCCGACGAAUUCGACAUGGUCAAUAAUCUUUUGGACGACCUGAGUCUGCCCCGGGUUCGCAAUCGGGGCUCCGUCGCUUUGGCGUCCAACGACCCUCGCCCGGUGCUGAUAUGGCUAGUUGAUUCGGACAACCGCUCGCUCAGUAUCCGGACCAUCCCCUCGCUAGACCAUCACUGGCGUCGUCUCAGCGAGCCUUGGAUUGAGUCGGAUAGGUCCGACGAGGAGAUCGAUACUGUCCAUGGGCAGUUCUCCGUUGAGCAUGCGUCCCAGCAGCCCUACUCGGCUGCUGAUUUCGAAGUCGGCAAUGCGGACGACUCCGAUUCGGGCCUUUCGGCCCUUUGGGCCGAUUCCGAUACUGAGGAGGAGUAG